UGUUUGCUGUCACGUGGCCUCCCCGCCGUCGCCCAGCAGCCGCUCGUCCCGCCCCUUUUGCUUUCGAGCCCCCUCGGCGGUAGAAUGAAGAACCCGGAUGAAUACAAGUGUAAUAUGUUGAAUUACAUUUGAGAGACAUGAAAAUGCCAGCAGAGGAGAGUGAGGCCAAGGCAAAGACCAAGGUCCGCUUUGAAGAAAUAUUCAGGAGCCAUGUUGGCCUAACGGAUAAAAAGAAAUUAAAAGAAAAACGAUCAAGCAUUCCAGAUAAUAUUGUGCUUGAGACAUUCAAAAACCACCUUGAUCCUUCCAAAGAAAAUGAUGAGAUAAUUGUAAACAACAUUUUUAACCCAGAGGAAAGGCGUAUACACAAGCUUGGAAGCAAAGCCCCAGUUGCAGUAAAAAUAAAUAAUAAUGUUGUUGGGGGAGAGAAUAUCAAGCAAACAAAGAUGAACAACAAGAAGAAGACAACAUUACAAAAACAACUUAAUGAGGAGGCAACGUUAUCUGAAAUGAAAUUGGAUGGUUCUGAAAAAGAGCUUCAUGUUUAUUCAAAGAAAAAAACAAAAAGUAUAUUACAGGCAGAUGCAUUUCAUCAAAAAGGGGACAGCAACAUAAAAGGUGCCUUGAAUGGAGUGAGAGAUAUGUCUGAGUUAGAUGAGGAAGAGCAGCUAAUCCAAGUUUAUGAGCAGCAAGUGGCUGAAGAGGAAGCAAAUGCAAUUAAGAAGAAAAUUAAAAAGAAACUUAAAGAACAGAUGUCUGAAUUCACCUCCAGUGUUCAAAGCCAUGAAGUGGUAUUGAACAAUGAAAUGAGUAAAAGGAAGAAAAAGAAAAAAGAACUCCCAGUUUUAUUUGCACCUCACUCAAGUGUCAUGACCCUAUCUGAACUACAGAAAUAUCCAGGAGAGGAAAGUAACAGCAAAAAGAGUUCAUUGGAAAGACCGCUCAUAUCAAAGUCUGCGGAAGAUGCAUUAACAGAGGCACCACACUGGGAGGAAGAUGCUGAUAAACUAAAAUCUAAGGGGAAAAAAAUAAAAAUAAAAUCUAAAAAAGCACUUGAAGAAGAUCCUGAACAACCUGCCGAAAGUAUGUCUCAUGUGGCUUCUAGUGUUUCACCAGAACCAAAACUAGUUUUUGAUGACAGCCUUGUUUUGGGUGUUUUCAUCCACCGAACUGAUCGGCUUAAAACUGAUCUCAUGGUAUCACAUCCCAUGGUUAAGAUUCAUGUGAUUGAUCAGAACACUGGUCUGUAUGUCAAGAAAGAGAAUAGCAGCCGACCUGUUUCUUCUUUCUAUGAACAAGAAAAAGUAGGACAUAUUCUUCCUAUUAUGACCCAGCCUUAUGAUUUCAAAAAAUUUAAGUCAACGCUUCCAGAAUGGGAGGAGCAAAUAAUAUUUAAUGAACGUUUUAACUAUUUUCUUCAAGAUGCUGAAGAACGUCCAAGAGUGAUACUGUUUUUUGAGAUCCUUGAUUUUUUAAGCAUAAAUGAUGUGAAAGCCAACUUUGAUGGUCAAGCUCAAGAAAGUGGCUUUCGAAAAAUCUGUUGGGCAUUUUUGAAGCUUGUAGGUGCAAAUGGAGUAUUGAAUGUUGGAGGGAAACUUCGUCUUCAGCUAUAUUCUCCUCCUCCCAGGGCCAGGUCACAGCUAAAUGUGGUGGAAGUUUAUGAUUGGUGGGCAAAAUGCCCCAGAAACCAUUAUCCUUCAACACUCUAUGUAACCAUAAAAGGCAUUAAACUUCCAGAACAUGUAGAUCCCUCAUUACGUUCUAUGAUGGCUGUUCAGCAAGAAUACAAUUCUCCAUCAUUCUUGGAGCUACAAAGGGAAGUAGCUAAAAAGGUUAAUAAUUCUGGACCACAGAUCAAAAAGGAAGAACCUUUUAAGUGGUCAAAACUCCCUGGACAGGUUUGUCGUAUACCAAACAAGUAUCUGUUUUCUCUACGAGCCGGAGAUAUGGGAUGUUUCUGUGUUCGCUUCUCUGAAGAUGGUCGGACGUUAGCGGCAGGUUGUGCAGGAAGAGAUGGUUAUCCAAUUCUUUUAUAUGAAAUUCCUUCUGGGCAGUACCUUCAGGAAUUUUUUGGGCAUUUGAACAUUGUAUAUGAUAUUUGUUGGUCAAAGGAUAAUCAACAUUUACUUACUGCAUCAUCAGAUGGCACUGCAAGGAUGUGGAAAUUAGAAAUCCAGAUUACCUCUGCUAUGAAAGUUUUCCCUCAUCCAUCCUUUGUCUAUGCUGCUAAAUACCACCCAACAGCUGAGUAUAUCAUAGUGACAGGAUGUUAUGAUGCAGUGAUAAGAGUUUGGAAUGCAGAAGUGAAGGAAAUACAUGGGCAGCUUCUACAAGAGUUUGAUGGUCACAGAGGUUUUGUCAAUACAUUAUGUUUUGAUGCAGAAGGAUUUCACAUGUUUUCUGGAGACAGCACAGGAUUAAUCAUUGUCUGGAAUACUUAUGUUAAAGAAAGUUCUCAAUCACCAGUCCAGCACUGGGGAAUUGAAAAGGAAAUAAAAGAUGAUGAUAUUAAAGGGAUAGCAGUAAGUCAUUUGGAAGUACAUCCAAAUGGAAGACGUUUACUUAUUCAUGCCAAAGACAGUACUGUAAGAAUCAUGGAUCUACGAAUCCUGGCCACAAAGAAAUACAUAGGUGCUACCAACUAUCGAGAGAGAAUUUGCAGUGCCUUAACACCAUGUGGAACAUUCCUUUUUUCUGGAAGUGAAGAUGGGAAAGCAUAUGUCUGGAAUGCAGAAACAGGUGAUCAAGUAGCCAUGUACUCUGACCUUUCUUUCACAUCUCCUCUUCGUGAUGUUGCCUUUCAUCCACAUGAACAUAUGGUGUCAUUCUGUGCCUAUGGUCAAAAUCAGCCAAUACUUGUGUACAUUUAUGAUUAUAGAGUUGCCCAGCAAGAUGUUGAACUAGUAAAAGAUUUUAGUGGACUACAUUUAUCCACAUCAUCCAGAGGCCCACAAAUUCUUACUGGUAUUUCUGCACAGAAGGAUACAAUAAAUCAUCCAUCUGACCAAUUUGCAAGUGUUGCAGGAGUAUCGAUGAGGAUGCAGAAAGUUAAACAAAAACUAGAUUCUGUUACGGCCAGCUUCAGUCCAUUGAUUCCUAGUCCAUCACUACUUUCACCACACUCCAAAUUAAGACUUGCAAGUACAUUGGGUGAACCACCACAGAUUCCUCUGUAUUCUCUUCCAACUCAAAGUGUGAGCAGCUGGGCAUUAUUUCCUGGAGGAUGGACUGGUUGGAUCUUCUUGCGGUCCAAGGCACUCUCAGGAUUUUCCUCCAACACCACAGUUCAAAAGCAUCUAUCUGUGAUGACUCAUGGGCCAUGUAGUCCCAUUCCUAGUGCUGUUGUGACUGAUGAAGAGGAAAACUUGGGUUUUCCACCAUUUCAGCCAGAAAAGGAACCAUUUCAGCCAGAAAUUGAGCCUUUGCACCUGCAGGAGGCUUGUCUUCCAGAAAUCUGCCAAACAAGCCCUGAGUCGAGUUCUCCCCCUUUUUCGCGCCGUAAUUAUUAUCUCCAGCAAAAAGGAGUGCAGCAGGCUAAUCGCAGGAGUUUGAGAAUUGCAGCAAAGCAUUCAGAUGAUUAAGCCUGCUCCCAUGAGAAAUUUUAGGGAGUCAUACAUCUGGACACAGAGAUUGACUUUCGUUUCUGAUUCCCCAGAGAAGUGUUCUCUGGUGGGAAAACGAGGCCUAUUUAGGUUCCUUGCUCCCAAAGGAAUCUUGCGGAGUCAAUUCGUCAGCUACCGGAGCAGCGUGUGUGGACAGCUACUCCUGCUCUCAAGCCUUUGUUCCUGUUCCAAGCCUUCGUUCUCAGCCUUGUUUUCUCCCCGGAUCUUGCCUUGUUUCCCGGACCUCGCCAAGUAAUUGCCACGGAUCUUGUUCUUGCUCCUCGUUUCCUUGUUGCCUUGAAUCAAGCUUUGUGUUCCAAGAAUCAAGUUAUUUCCUAGCCUUGCUCAAGUUCAUGGACUAAAGGACCUUGUCAUCUCCCCUCACUUGCUUGGCAAGUGAGUGUUUCGGUUAUUGGAUUACAACUUUGGACCUUAAUAUUUCAUAUUGGACAUUGCUUCUUUGGACUAAUUUUGACCUUUCCUGAAAGGUCUACUUCUGGACUAUUUCCUAUACUUGUUUUUAUUAACUUUAUAUAUUUCCUUAAUAAAGAUAUUAGAUAGAUUCUGGCCUCUGUGUAUGGUUAUUGGUGCUCUGCAGCCUGGGUCGUGACACUAUCUUCCUUUGCUCAGCCUUCCUUAUGGUCCAGCUCUCGCAUCCAUAGGUUACUGUGGGGAAUACCAUUGCUUUGACUAUGCGGACUUUCGUGGCCAGUGUGAUGUCUCUGCUCUUCACUAUUUUGUCAAGGUUGGCCAUUGCUCUCCUCCCAAGAAGUAAAUGUCUUCUGAUUUCCUGGCUGCAGUCUGCAUCUGCAGUGAUCUUCGCACCUAAAAAUAUAAAGUCUGUCACUGCCUCCACAUUUUCUCCCUCUAUUUGCCAGUUGUCAAUUAGUCUGGUUGCCAUGAUCUUGGUUUUCUUGAUGUUUAACUGCAGCCCGGCUUUUGCACUUUCUUCUUUCACCUUGGUGAUAAGGCUCCUCAGCUCUUCCUCAAUUUCAGCCAUCAGAGUGGUAUCAUUUGCAUACCUAAGGUUGUUAAUGUUUCUUCCAGAAAUUUUAACUCCAGCCUUGGAUUUGUCAAGCCCUGCACGUCGCACGAUGUGUUCUGCGUACAAGGUGAAUAGGUAGGGCGAUAGUAUACAGCCCUGCCGUACUCCUUUCCCAAUCUUGAACCAGUCUGUUGUUCCGUGGUCUGUUCUUACUGUGGCUACUUGGUCUUUAUACAGAUUUCUCAGGGAACAGACAAGGUGACUUGGUAUCGCCAUACCACCAAGCACAAUACCUUGAGAGAAACGAAAGAAAGGUCCCUAAUCCUGGGUGAAGAAGAGGACAAGAUGAAUACAACAAACAGUAGUGACUUAAGAGCAAAAAACAACACAAAGAAGAAGAAUAGAAGACAAAAUACUCACCCCCUUCCUUUCCCACCACCUUUCUUCUCACAUACCCCAAUGCCUUUCCCUUUGCCAUACCCUAUUGCCCUCCCACUACCUUUUGGUUUUUAAAUAUAUUUGAUUCUGAAAAUUUUUUAAUAAAUAUGAUUUGGGAAUGUA